AUGGCAGAUGCUAAACGUGUUCAAAUAAGCAAGGACGAAUUUGACGAGCGUUUUCUAACAUGUAAACUAUGCGAAGAGCCGUACAAUGAUGAAGAGAAGAUUCCAAAAUAUCUUCCCUGCCUGCACACAUACUGUAAAUCGUGUUUGUCCAGCCAUAUUGGAACAACGAUGGAAUUCGAUUGCCCGGAAUGCAGACAAAAAACGCAAACUCCACAUAGCGGCGUUGAUGGUAUACCUAAUAAUUUUAUCAUACAAAAUCAGCGACAAUACUUUGUAACACAGGAAAAGGUAACCAAGAAACUUUUCAUCCCAUGUCAGAGCUGUAACCGAAAUCAAGAUGCCUCUGCCAUCUCGUUUUGUAUGAAUUGCCGUGCAUUCCUUUGCAAUCUUUGCGAUGAAGCACAUGCCUAUUCACUUGGUUUAAAAACCCAUGAACUGAAACCAAUGGAGGAAUUGACAAAAUAUAGUAUAGAUGAGUCCAUGCUGCGACGUAAAACAUAUUGCUCCCGAGGUAUAAAUCAUAAAAAUCAGGAGCUUACACUAUUUUGUGAUAGCCAAGCCUGUCAAUCAGCCAUUUGCCUGCAAUGUGCGUUUUUGGAUCACAAUAAAGCGGAUGGCCAUCAACCAAUCGAGAUUGAGAAGGCGUUAGGAAAAUAUACUGGAAUCAUACAAAAAAAGUUAGAAGUUUUGGAAAAAAGGAGCAACGUGUUAAAAACUCUAAUCAGAGAAGUAGACGCGGAGCAGGCCAACUUAAAAGACAGUAGCACAAAUGAACAAAAAGAAAUCACGAAUUUCUUCGAUCAAUUGUUUAGGAAACUCGAAAUUAGAAAGACAGAACUUCUCUCUGAAGUGAAAAAACAAGAGGACUUGGUAGAAUCUUGUUUAAAUAGCGAAAUGAAUGACCUCGAAUUAGAACUUACAGUCACUAAUAGCACUGCUGAAUUUGCAGAACACGCAUUGAAACAUAGCAGUGACAUUGAACUAUUAACUGCAAAAGAUGACAUCAGUAGUCAGAUGGACAAAGUGUCUUCAAAAGUUAUUUCACCUCACGUUGUCAAAGUUGAAGAAUUCCCACACUGCUUUCAUCAAAAAGAUGUACCUGAAUGUUUAGUGAAGAGGGCAGUAUUUGUUGGUUAUGGUGGAAAGACGAGGUGUGAUAUUCAGGCCAUUGAUAAGUGUGUUGGUACUGAAUGUAAAAUUACUAUCACCCCACAUGGAAUGGAUGGAAAACCACUGGGCGUGUCUGGAAUCAGUUUGGAUACUACCAUUGGUGGCCCUGAUGAAAAGCUGACUGAGACAACAGCGAUAGACAAUGGUGAUGGUACUUAUAGA